ACCAGGACUCCAUAAUUCAACAGUAAUUCACCUUCCUCGGAUGACGGCGCCAACUAACAAAGCCAGAGCAGCAGGUGUCAGCGCGAGUUCAUUCUUUGACCUCAAAGCAGAAAUCGCAAAGAAAGAAGAUGAAUUUGCUCGGACCAAAGCUGCAGGAGGCAGUAAAUACACGGUGGGAGGUGUCAAAAGGCCCGACAAGAAACCGACUGUAUGGAGUCGCUCCAAUAAAGGCGUCCAAAAUCGCGCUGCGCGCGACAUAGAACUGGAAGAAGUCAGCAAGGUGACUAUCGAGUCUGGGCGGGCCGUCUUGGAGAGGAAGGCGAAAAUAUACGAGAAACUGCGGAAGGGGAAAUCUGGUGGCCUUACUGACAAGCAGUACGAGGCUUUGCUCGUCGAUUUUGACUCUCGAGGACCUAGUGAUCAUUUUGAGUCGGACAGUGAUGAUAUGGAUGAAUCAUUGACGGUCCCUGAACAGCCUCAAGAUGACGGUGACCCAAUCAUCGAAUACGAAGAUGAAUUUGGACGACAACGAACAGGACGCAGGUCCGAAGUUCCUCGGCACUUACUUCCGCGUUCUGAGGAUACAGAACCAAUACCAGAUGAAGACAAGGACGUCAUUUACAAUCCCGUCAAUUACUUCCCGGUAUUCGAACCUUCCGCGGAGCGCAUCCAAGCAGUUCAAGAUGCUUACUCGGAAGACAAUAAUCCAUUGUCUUCUCACUACGAUGCUUCAAAGGAGGUUCGUGCUAAAGGCGCUGGGUACUAUCAAUUUUCUGGAGACGAGGAGACGAGGAGACAACAAAUGGAAGAACUGCAGUCAGCGAGGAUAGAAACUGAGAAGAUAAGACAAGAUGCUGGUGCAGUGGAUCUUAAACCGGGAGAGGUGGAGGGCAUGCGUGAUGAUAGUAUCACCGCAGGCGCGUCGAGGAGCAGGGCGAUGGAGAAGCGGAAGAGGGACAUUGAGGAAAGACGAAAGAUAUUAGAUGCGAAACGAAGGAAGGUCCAAGGCGACGAAACCCUCGCAGGCCGAGGUUUGGAGCCCGAUAAUUCAGAGGCUGUAACGUUGGAGGCGCAAGACACGUCUGGACCGUUAGUGGCGCUGGAAAGGCAGAUAACUGAUGCUUCAGACAAACACAAGAGGAAGGGCAAGCAGAAAGGGACUAAUGACUCGGUACCAAAGACAGAGGCAGAUGACUUCUUGGCCCAGUUAGAACGGGAAAUAUUAGGAGGUCGUUAACCACCCCUUAUCGGCGAGUUAGUUCUUGCUGGAUAGUCAUCUGUGCUCAUUAAAUAUCUAGCUUUGACUUUCGCGACAACACAAGGUUGUCAUAGACCUCCAGUUUAUGCCAGGACGUGACCAGGACCAAUAUGCCACCCACUUGUGUCACUCUGAUGGAAAAAGGUACUGACUGCUACAGAGUAGAGCUUUAAAUCACCC